AAUCGUGAGCGCGCAAGAGCUGCAAUGGCCGCUUUGGAUCGGCGAAAUCCUAAUCUCGACGAUUUUGUCGGAUUAAACUGGAGCUGUUGGGUAGACAGAGUGAAUGUUUUAUCAUCUGACGCUGGGUCUAAGGUUGAAGAUGACGAGUAUGGGAUGAACUGCUCAGAGACCAUGACGCUCGGAAAAGAAGAUAUGCACAUAUAUGGCCACUGCCCAGCACACGAUGAUUUUUAUUUGGUGGUGUGCAGCCAGUGUGGCCAGGUGGUGAAACCUCAAGCCUUUGAGAGGCACUGUGAAAGGUGGCAUGGUUCUGUUACGAAGAUAUGUAACCCGCCAUCCGCUCUGGCGCCUCAGCAGCUAAAUUGCUCCAGCCUCGGUCUUUCUAAUAAUUCUUCCUCUAUGGAAAGGAAGAAGGAAGGCAGAUGUCAAAAGGGCGGCACCUCAUCUGCAACCUCACCUGCCCAACAGCACAAGUCUACAAAGACCCACAAAUAUAUAGUGAGUUUAUCUUCUGUGAAGUUCCCUGAGGAAAACCCUCACUCGUCCUCCAUGCCUUGCCUUCCUCCAUUCCAUUCAGCACCCCUGCCCCCUGACGACUGUUCCACCUCCACUCUGUUAGAGAGAUCCUCUGUGCAGAAGUUGACAGCUGGACAGUCCACUGAGUCUCACUGUCCUCAGCGGGGCAUAAGAACCUACAGCCGGAUUUACAAAAACAUCCACAAAAAAGAAUGUGAUCUGAAUAAACACAGCAGAGUUUUGGACCCCGAAAGGAAGACGCUGUGCAACAGGGAGCUAAUGUGCAAUGCUGAUUCAGUGAAGCAUCAGCAGAAAGUGUUGGGAGAGACUAAGACCACUGAUCAGAGAACUACCUCAGCUACAGAUCAAGAUAUGGAGAAGCUUCGUGAUGAAUCAAAAUACAAAAAGAAACAUGUGGAAGCUGACGGGGAAAAAAUAACAAAUAAAUACAGCAACAACUGCCACAUUCAAGGGUCCAGGAAUCCACCAGGAAGCUGUCCCGAGGAGGACGGUAACGGCAUUGUGGAAGCGGAAGUGCAACCUCCGUACCCGUUCACCUUGUCAGGUGACGACAGCGAAGAAGAUGAGCAGGAUGAAGCCGCAGACCUACCUGCUACACCCUGGCACCCCAAACCUCUUGGGCUAUGCACUUUUGGAUGUCGCACGCUUGGUUGCAGCAUCUUCACAUUCGAUCGGCGUUUGCACCACCUGCGCUUUGCGCUCAGUGCCAUGUUGGAGCGCCAUGUCAGCACACACUUGUGGAAGAAAAUGCCUAAAGUAUCAUCAGGUCUCAGGUCACACUCCCACAGCCUUGAGUCUACCUCACUGGUACAGUUUGAAAACAAUCCUUGUCAGCCAAACUCUUACAGUAUUAAACCGCCUUAUCCUACCACGUCUGCAAGUGUUGGGUCAGGGAGAGUGUGUAGUCCCAGCAAAGCUCAGCUUAUAGAGGUGGAACUUAUGCAAGAUGCAAGUGCAGCACAGAAAGCUGUCAAGAAGUUACAAAGCAGUGAGAACAAAGCCUCCAGAUACAUCAGGGAUCCCUUAUUUCAUCAGAAGGGCCAGCCUCAGCGCCCAGACAGUGCUACCUUCUCAAAUGGAAAAAAGCCACGAGAGUCUACGAAGAGACAGUCAGAUGUGAAGAAGUGUCGCCCUUUGCCUGUACCAAAUCACCGCUCUCCCCGCGGCAAAGGGAAGCUCCCAGGCGAUCAGCAGAAAGUGGUGGCCUAUGCCCACAUGAGUGUUGCUCAGAAACGCAAAAGCAGCAGCGAGUUACUGUCCUGAACUUCUUCACUUUCAACAAUCUCUACGUUGAAAUGUUUGUCCCGUUCUUCCUGCUCCAGCUUUGCCUUCUGGAAGGGAGAAGAUAUCAAACAUGUACUUGCAUAAAGGUUUGGCAAAAAGCUCGACCCCUAAAUACAGUAUUGCUUUUAUCUUAUAUUCUGAAUCCAUUCCUCUUUUUUUAUUUUAAAGUCAUGAAUGGACAGUACGUCUUCUUUAUUUGAAUUUGAAUGUGAUGUAACAACAGGAAAUGUGUUUUGUAAGUGACAGUUGCUGUUUACAUCUCAGCUUUUCAGCCAAACAAGAGGCCAGUCUUAAAACGACUUGGAGAUGAAGCGGUGCAGGACAGCUGGUACCAGCAUAGUAUGAGUGUGUGAAUGUGUGUGUGUGUGGUUUUUGUCUUUUGUGUAUAUUUGUCUUCAGGUUUUUAUGCAAAGAUUUCAGGAACAAGUGUUUGUAUUGACAUAUUUGUAAUUGUUAUUGCUAAAUUUAUAAAAACUCUUUAAGAACAUAAGUAUACCUCAGUCUGUUCAUAAUGCUGCUAAAGUUACUACGUUUUUUUGUUGCAGAACAAUUAAAGUCUUGAAUUAC